AUGGAGGGGUUUGUUCUGGUCCUGUGGGCAUUGCUCGUGUCUGCGGAGUUUGCUGGCAUCUGCGGGGACACGACAAAGCCAGGUAACCUGAGCUGCUACAAGUGCUUUAAAGUUCAAAGCCCCUCAGCCUGCUACCCUCUAGUCUGCUCCUCAGAGGACACCGUCUGCGUCUCUCAUGAGAUGGCCAUAAUUUUCGAAGCUAAGGUGGUAACUAGGAUAAGCAAGCGCUGUGCUCCCAGGUGUCCCAACUCCAACAGUCAGUAUGAGUGGGUCAUCCAAGAAGGGGUGAAUGCCAGGCUCACCAGAGGCUGCUGCUCCAGAAACCUCUGCAACAAGGUGGCCCCUGCACACGAGGGGCCCUGGGCCCUGCAUGGGGGGCUGCUGCUCCUCUGGGUCCUGCUCUGA